AUGUCGAUUACGGCAUUUCCGAUUAAUGUUCGAAGAAAUAGUCGGUGGGUAUCCAUUAACUCUGAUGAACUUUUACCAGGUGAUUUGGUAUCUAUAGUUCGGAGCAAAGAAGAUUGUAGUGUACCUUGUGAUAUGGUACUUGUACAAGGUGCUUGUAUAGUAAAUGAGGCUAUGUUAUCUGGAGAAUCGACACCAUUGUUAAAGGAUUCAGUUGCUCUUCGUGAUGGUAAUGAUUCUAUUGACAUUAACGAUCUUGAUAAAAAUAGCAUCUUAUUCGGCGCUUAUUCGGCCCCAGACAAUGGUUGUAUUGCAUAUGUCAUACGUACCGGUUUUGGAACUGCUCAAGGAAAACUUGUUCGUACAAUGGUUUACAGCACUGAGCGCGUUUCAGCAAAUAAUUUUGAAUCUUUCCUAUUCAUUUUAUUCUUAUUAAUAUUCGCCAUUUCCGCUUCGGCUUAUGUUUGGAUUAAAGAAUUACCAAUGGAACUUUCAUUGGCAGUUACCACUUCAUUAAUUGCAUUAUCAAAAUUAGGUAAGAUUGAUGUAUGCGCAUUCGAUAAAACUGGUACCCUUACCGGAGAAAAUCUCGUAGUUGAAGGUAUUGCUGGUAUUCAUCCUGAUAGUUCCAAGAACUUAGUAAGUCCACCAGAUGCUCUUCGGGAUACAAUUCAAACCCUUGCCGCAGCGCAUGCUUUAGUACAAUUGGAUGAUGAUACUGUUGGUGACCCUAUGGAAAAAGCUACAUUAGAAGCAUUAGAUUGGAAAUUAGGCAAAGGUGAUACUGUUAUACCAGUAAAUAAACAAUCUAACCGUUUUCAACAAAGAUCUCAACUUUCAAUUCGUCGACGUUUUCAAUUUUCGUCCGCGCUUAAACGUAUGUCAAGUGUUUCCACAGUUCAUACACCACGAUCCCGAAAAACAUUUGUGGCGGUGAAGGGUGCACCUGAGACCUUACGUAAUAUGUACUCUUAUGUACCUGAUGAUUAUGAAGAAACUUUUAAAUUUUUCACGCGUAGAGGAAGUCGAGUUUUGGCUUUGGGAUAUAAAUAUUUAAAAGAUAAUAUGAAUAUUGAAGAGAUUAAUGAUUUAUCUCGAGAAUUCGUCGAAAGUGAACUAAAUUUUGCAGGAUUUCUCAUAUUCACAUGCCCACUUAAAGAAGAUGCUGCUUCAACUAUUCGAAUGUUAAAUGAAUCAUCUCAUAGGUCUGUAAUGAUUACUGGUGAUAAUCCAUUGACAGCUUGCCAUGUCGCACGUGAAGUUGAAAUUAUUGAUCGUGACGUAUUAAUUAUGGACGUUAAAGAAGAUUCCCAGAAUAGUGAUGUUGAUGAAGAAAUUAUUAUACCAGUUAACCCUGCCGAAAAAUUAGAUUCAAGUAUAUAUCGUGAUUAUGACUUAUGUAUAACUGGUGCAGCGUUAUCACGAUUAGAAAAUAAUCCAUCGAUAAAAGAAUUAUUUACGUACACUUGGGUUUAUGCUCGAGUGUCUCCGGGGCAAAAGGAAUUUAUAUUAACAAGCCUUAAGCAAUCCGGUUAUACUACAUUAAUGUGUGGUGAUGGUACAAAUGAUGUCGGAGCUCUUAAACAAGCUCAUAUUGGAGUUGCUCUUCUUAAUGGAAAACCUGAAGAUUUAAAAAGAAUUGUUGAACAUCAACGUAUACAGAGAAUUAAAGAUAGAAGACCACCGCCACAGAUGGGUCAAUUAGCUGAACAAUUACUUCAAGAUUUUGAUGCGGAUGAACCUCCUACAAUAAAAUUAGGAGAUGCUUCAGUAGCAGCACCUUUUACAUCUAAACUUUCUAAUGUUGUAGCAAUUGCAAAUAUUGUGCGACAAGGUCGUUGCACUUUGGUUGCUACUAUUCAGAUGUAUAAGAUUUUAGCUCUUAACUGUUUAAUUUCAGCUUAUAGUUUGAGCGUUUUGUAUUUAGAAGGGAUUAAAUUUGGUGAUAUACAAUAUACAAUUUCUGGGAUAUUAUUGGCUGUUUGUUUCCUUUGCAUAUCAAAGGCAAAACCUUUAGAAAAACUUUCGGAUAAACGACCGCAAACCAAUAUAUUCAACUUUUAUAUUAUUCUUUCUAUUCUUGGACAAUUUGCCAUUCACAUCUUUUCGUUAAUAUACAUUGUAGAUAAUGUGUUUCGGUAUGAAGAGAAAGCAAGCGUAGAUUUGGAACGUGAAUUUGAACCUAGCUUAUUAAAUACUUCGGUAUAUUUAAUAUCAUUAUCUAUGCAAGUUUCUACAUUUGUUAUUAAUUAUCAGGGACAUCCUUUCAGAGAAAGUUUAAGGGAGAACUUACCACUUUUUUGGAGUUUAUUUUCGGUUGGUACAGUCGCAUUCGCUUGUGCUAGUGAAAUUGUUUUACCUUUAAAUGACUUUUUGAAAUUGGUUCCUCUUAAGAAUGAGUUUAAAAUUCAAUUAAUUGGUAUUAUGCUUUUCGAUUUUUGUGGAGCGUGGUUAUUAGAAUUAAUAUUUAAAUUUUUAUUUUCCAAUAAUAAACCUAAAGCAAUUGCUAAGCGGGAAUCUAAGUAA